AUUGCUCCCAACGUCUCACUCUUCCUGACGAACCUACACCUUCUGGAUCUUGACCUCUUGCCUGACUGGCCUGACAUCAAUGCCUCGACAUUCAUCUCUACCAAGGAUGCAGCGCAGGGCCAGAAGAAGAGGAUCCAGUGCGUCGAGUGGGCCCUUUACCAGCUCUUCGUCUUCUGGGACCCCGACGAGGCCAGAAAUAAAUUGAAACCAUUCUUCCCACCUCUCGAUCAGCUCCAGUCCACAAAUCUACGAGCCGCCCUACUCCGAUCCCUCGAACAACUCAAGAAGAACGGCGUCUUAGGCCGAGAUGCCAUACUGCGAAAGACAAUGUUGGACGAGUGCAAGGGCGAGAGACUGGAGGAGGUCCUCGCCGUCCUCUCCUCUGCAGUCUUGAAGAAGGUGAUUGGCCAACAGAAGCUCAAUAGCAACACAUGCCCUGCUAUCGCGCAUACCCUGGCUCUUGAGAAUCGUGGUCUGCGGAAGGAGCGAGCCGAUCUCGACAUACUGAUACUGGCGCACAAGGUGUCCCUGAGGAAAAAGCUGGACCAGAAGGCGGCCUCCCGGAUACAGUACAAGAAUCUGGCAAAACUACUUGACAUGAAAGAGCAGAGCAUCUCGAAUCGCCGAAAAGCUAUCCAGGACCGGCAUCACCUCGUGAAUCUUCCCGGAGAUAACGAGUCAGGAAUCCGUCGCACUGUGAGGAACAGUUGGGCGGGGGAUGAACAGUGGCAAGAGGCUCUGAUGUCCGGCGAUUCAAAUUCGUAUAGGGACAACUUCUUGAAUAUGCCUUUUGACCGCGUCUGGAGUCGCACGGGGUCCAAUCGCCUCCAAGAGCUCGACGGCCAGGGUAGCCGAUUGGUUGACCAGCUUGACAGUCGAGUGCGCGCUCAGCAGGAAAGGCUGAGCAGGUGGCAGAAGCUGAGGGGCGACAUGUUCGGUCACCACACCGACCAGGCUCGGAGUGCUGAUUCCGCAAGCCUUGAUCGUCAGAAGGGCGUCGACCUCGCCUUCGGAAUACAUGAGUCUCUUCAGCUUGACCGAACGAGUCCUCAGAAGCUGGCAGCCGGCAAGGCGGCCAGGUUCGGCCAUGAUUAUAGCAUUUUCCUCCAGGAUAUGGAGAUGGAACUUUCGAGUGUCACCAAGACACCAGGACCCCGCAUCUCUAACGACCUCGUUGCACGCACACGUAGGUCGAUGGCCAACUUUGAGGCCGCGGAAGCGAGAGCGCGACUCGAGCGACAACGUUCAGAAAAGUGGGCGGUCAGGCAGAGGACUGGGUCGAUCGCCCGGCAGCAUUAUUUCGAUCCGGAGGGGGAUGACGGUGCAGCAGCGGACAGCAACUCAACGGUCGUGCUGGAGCAAUUAAUAGCAAAAGAAGCCGACUCAAUUGGCGCGGAUUACGAGUCUAUCUUUAAAAGCCGGCCUAAGAUCAAAACAAGCCCACCGACGACGCCU